AUGGGUUUUAUCGGCGAUGAUAGAGAAUUCAUUGCAGCUAUUAAAGAGGCAAAUCAUUGGGGUUCAGGCAGCAUUAACAGGCCAAGACAUGUAUGGAGUAAAACAUGUCAUCUCUUAGCUGAUGGAAUAUUAUAUGCUCAACAGCGAAUUGCAAACAAUAGAGGUUUGAGGUUGUCGGAUGAAGAGAUAAUGAAUUUAACAUUAAUUGAGAUUGAACGAAAUCUUCAAAGGAAGAGCCGAAGUCUAAAGGAAUUUGCUGGAAUGCCUUAUCCAAGUGGAUAUGUGGUUGAGCAGUUGGAAAAUAAGCUCAUAUACGAAGAGCGGAGUUACAAUCCAGCCGAACAAUUGCAAGAAUACAACAAUUUGUUCUUAAAUCUUACAGAUGAGCAAAGAGGUGUAUUCAAGCGAAUAAUGGAAGCAGUAAACAAUCAACAAGGAGGCGUAUUUUUUUUGUAUGGAUACAGUGGCACAGGGAAAACCUACAUGUGGAGAACUCUAGCUUCCUACAUAAGAUCAAACAAACAAAUUUGUUUAAUUGUUGCUUCAUCGGGCAUAGCUUCACUACUACUUCCAGGAGGUCGAACGGCUCAUUCAAUGUUCAAGAUUCCAAUACCUACCAUGGAUUCUUCUACAUGUAAUAUCGACAAAGGUAGUGAUCGUGCAGAGCUACUAAAAAUGGCAAAGUUGAUAAUUUGGGAUGAAGCUCCAAUGACACACAGAUUUUGUUUUGAAGUGUUUGAUAAAACCCUUAAAGACAUAAUGGGGCGUUCCAAUUGUUCUGACAAAUUAUUCGGAGGGAAAGUAAUUGUAUUUGGUGGAGAUUUUCGGCAAAUAUUACCAGUUGUACCAAGGGGCAGCCGUUCAGAUAUAAUACAUUCUACAGUAAAUUCAUCAUACAUUUGGGAUCAUUGUGUUGUGCUGAAGCUUACAAAGAACAUGCGACUCCAACAAGCCGGCAAUACUUCAAGUACAUCUGAAUUAGAAUUGUUUUCUAAUUGGAUAUCAAGAGUUGGCGAUGGGAAAUUGGAAGAACCUAACGAUGGUUACACGGAUAUUCCUAUUCCAAAUGAUUUCUUAAUUUCUAACUAUGAUGAUCCACUAGAAGCCAUUGUUAGUGAAACAUAUCCGAAUUUUCUUAACAAUUACAAGAAUCCAGAAUUUUUGCAAUCAAGAGCUAUAUUGGCAGGAACAAUUGAAACGGUUGACAUCAUAAAUCAAUACGUUUUGGGAUUCAUACCAGGUAUGCGUUAUCCAUUGUAA